UAACUGCCCAAGCCCGUUCAUUUCACACUUCACAACAACAACCCAACCGUUAUAAUAAUGCCACGUGGGCUUUUUUAGCCCAUGGGCUCGCGCCACAUACGCGUUACUUCGUGUGACUCAUGUUUCAGAUGUGGUUUUAAGUAAAAAACGACACCGUUUCAGAUAGAAAAGAAGAUAAACCUCUGGAAGUGCAGAGAUUCUUAUUAUUAGGGUUUUGGAGUAUAUUCUUUUUUCUGUUUCUCUCUCUCCAACAAUGGCUGCUAUUCUGCCUCUCUAUCCUUAUAAUCCAUUGCUAUACUUUUCGACUCCUUCGAGUUUUCGUUCUCAAUUUUGGAUUUUGGAGAGAAGGCGUUUGGGUUCUGCAAGUUUGAAGAAUUUGGUGAAACUUGCAGCACAUUCCAAUCCGAGGAUUCUCAAGAGCAACAGGAAGUCAAAGUAUGGAGAGGCACUGUUGUUCUACGACAGCGACGAAGAAAUGGACGACGACGUCAGCGACGACGACGAGGAUGAUGAUUGGCUUUCUGAUGAGGAAUUUUCUGAGCCUGCUAACUUAGAUGUUAAUAACAACAAGAGAUUUAAGUCAAAGACAACUAAAGGAAAAGAUAGACAACAGGAAUGGGAGUGGGGUUUGAGAUCUUUUGACAACAAACAAAGCAUUAGAUUGCCUAGGAGUGAGAGAGUGGCAUCGUUACAACGAAAUGAGAGUGGAAAGUUGCAGCAUAGUAGAAAUGUAAAAGAUAAAAAAUAUCCCCGGUUAUCCGAAGAGAUUCCUUUGGAUGUGAAAUGGUUACCACUUCUUGAUUACUUGAGCACUUUUGGAAUGAAAGAAUCACACUUUGUCCAAAUGUAUGAGAGACGCAUGCAAUCACUUCAAAUUAAUGUGUGUUCCGCACAGGAAAGGUUAGAAUACUUAUUGAGUGUUGGUGUUAAACAAAGUGAUGUAAGAAGAAUCCUUUUGAGGCAGCCACAAAUUCUUGAGUAUACAGUGGAGAACAAUUUGAAGUCUCGUGUUGCUUUCUUGAGGGGUCUGGGCAUACCUAAUUCUAGAAUAGGGCAAAUCAUUGCUGCUGCUCCAUCCUUGUUUUCUUAUAGUGUUGAGAAUUCGUUAAAACCAACAGUUAGAUAUUUAAUUGAGGAAGUUGGCAUCAAGGAGAAAGAUUUGGGUAAGGUCAUUCAGCUUAGUCCCCAAAUUCUUGUGCAGAGAAUUGACAUUUCAUGGAAUACUCGUUCUAUGUUUCUUACCAAAGAGUUGGGUGCACCCAGAGAUAGCAUUGUGAAGAUGGUGACAAAACAUCCCCAACUUCUCCAUUACAGCAUAGAUGAUGGAUUACUUCCAAGAAUAAAUUUCCUAAGGAGCAUAGGAAUGAAAAAUUCAGACAUCGUGAAAGUUUUGACAAGCCUAACACAGGUGCUUUCUCUGUCCUUGGAGGAGAAUCUAAAGCCCAAAUAUUUGUACUUGGUUAAUGAACUUAACAAUGAAGUGCAAUCCUUGACCAAAUACCCGAUGUAUCUUAGCUUAUCUUUAGACCAGAGAAUUCGUCCUCGUCAUAGGUUCUUGGUUUCCCUAAAGAAAGCUCCAAAAGGACCAUUUCCACUUGGAUCUCUAGUUCCAACUGAUGAAUGUUUUUGCCAACAGUGGGCUGGAACUAGUUUGGAUAGAUAUUUGGCAUUUCGUCAGAGAUUAUUACUAAAAAAGUUUGCUGAGAAAUAUGAAAGAAAAAUGUGACUGAUCAGAAUCAAGUUUGUAUCAGUCAACUUGCAUGAAUACUGGAAGAAGAAUCUGCUGUAAUAUUACUGUCAUGCAACAUGUGUUUUAUAAAAUGUUCUUGAUGGUCUGCGUUGUGGCUGAAGCUCAAUAAUUAGAGUUUAAUCGGCUAUUUGGCAUACUGUCUGCACAUGUUUCAUGACACACCAAGUAUCAGUGUCUGAUUCUCAGCAGAAGCUUCUCGACUACUUCUGUGAAGUUUAUUAUUGCUGUGCUUGUGGCUGAAAAGCAGAACACAUCAUGGUGCAGUUUGUCACCCUAAGGUUGUGGACAAUAUUGCAAACUUUAAUUGGUAUAAAUUGAAGCUGUAUCAACUUUAACUUUAAUAUCCAGCUUAUGGAUUCUGUCAUCACUACUCUCAUGUUUCCUUUUUACCUUCAAUGAUGUGUUCGUGUAGAUAUAUCUUUUUACUGUUUUCAUUCUUUUGUGUAUCUGAAAUCAGUUGGACUUAUGUAACCUUUGUCACCUUCACCAGACCUAUAUCAUAAUUUUUUUGUUACCCUGCGGCCAUUUGUAUCACAUGUAUGAGUUGAAAUAACAUUCAUAUAUUCAGUACUAGUAAUGGAAUUCUAUCUUCUGAA